AUGCAGAACAAUCUAGGUCUACGCCAUCACACAGGGCAUCGUUAUCGAGGCAGGGGCACAGCACACAGUCAGUCAUUUGAAGUGUGCGCAUUCUUGGACUGGAGUGUGGGCGGUCUGUGCAGGCUGCUCUACAUCAUCACCCUUCUCGUGGAUCUGAUCUCUACUUGUGAACAGGCGAUGGGUCCUGUAGGCUUAGACGCCGUGGUGGCAGAUCUGUCCGUGACCUCAAAUGCCAUCCAAUCGCAUGGAAUAUCAAUGGCAACCAGAACGCUGAUACUGCUCGUCUGUCUGCUGUUGGUUGCCUGGAGUCACACGGACAAGAAAAUUGCGCCAGGUCCUUCUUUCUGUUUGGGUUUGGGCCCACUUCUGUCAUAUCUGAGAUUUAUAUGGACUGGCAUAGGCACAGCCAGCAACUACUACAAUAACAAGUAUGGAGACAUUGUUAGAGUCUGGAUCAACGGAGAAGAGACGCUCAUACUAAGCAGAGCUUCAGCAGUGCACCAUGUGCUGAAGAACGGAAACUACAAUUCACGAUUUGGAAGCAUUCAGGGACUCAGCUGCAUCGGCAUGAACGAGAGAGGCAUCAUAUUCAACAACAACGUAACUCUGUGGAAAAAGAUACGCACCUAUUUUGCUAAAGCUCUGUCAGGCCCAAAUUUGCAGCAGACGGUGGAUGUUUGCAUCUCUUCCACAAAGGCUCACCUGGACCACCUGGACACCCUGGGACUCGUUGAUAUCCUCAGUUUGAUACGCUGCACCGUGGUGGACAUCUCUAACAGACUCUUCCUGAACGUACCUGUCAAUGAGAAAGAGCUGCUGCUGAAGAUUCUAAAGUAUUUUCACACAUGGCAGGAUGUGCUUAUCAAACCUGACAUCUACUUCAAGUUCGGCUGGAUUCACCACAGGCACAAGACAGCAGCCCAGGAGUUACACGAUGCCAUUAAACAUCUUGUAGAUCAAAAGAGGAAAAAUAUGGAGCAGGCAGAUAAGCUGGACGACAUCAACUUCACGGCAGAGCUCAUAUUUGCACAAAACCACGGCGAGCUGUCUGCUGACGAUGUGACGCAGUGCGUGCUGGAGAUGGUGAUCGCAGCUCCGGACACUCUGUCCCUCAGUCUCUUCUUCAUGCUUCUGCUCCUCAAACAAAACCCGCACGUGGAGCUGCAGCUGCUACAGGAGAUAGACGCUGUUGUGGGUGAGAGACAGCUUCAGAACCAGGAUCUUCACAAGCUGCAGGUGCUUGAGAGCUUCAUCAAUGAAUCCUUGCGCUUCCACCCAGUGGUGGAAUGCACCAUGCGUCGAGCCCUGUCUGAUGACAUCAUAGAAGGCUACAGGAUACCGAAGGGCACAAACAUCAUUCUGAACACAGGCCGAAUGCACCGCACCGAGUUUUUCCUCAAAGGCAAUCAAUUUAAUCUGGAAAACUUUGAAAAGAAUGUUCCUCGGCGCUACUUUCAGCCGUUCGGUUCAGGCCCUCGCUCGUGCAUUGGCAAGCACAUCGCCAUGCUGAUGAUGAAAUCCAUUUUGGUGACACUGCUGUCUCAGUACUCUGUUUGUUGUCACGAGGGCCCGACCCUGGACUGCCUCACACAAACCAACAACCUUUCCCAGCAGCCUGUAGAGGCUGAUCAUCUCCACAUGAGGUUCUUACCCAGGCAGAGAAGCAGCUGUCAAACCCUCCGAGACCCGAACCUUUAGCUGUACCUGUACUUUUGUAUACUUAAUUUGUAUGAUCUUAUAACGACACAAAGCUAGCCUUUAUAUUUUGAUAUACGCAAAGAUUGUAUUUGUACUCAAACUGUAUGCAUGAUAUGAAAUGUACAUUUAAACCUGCUAACA